GAGCGCCCCGCCCCCACGUGGCCCGGGGGAGGCCAGAACGCGAACAGCGUUGGCGGGAGCGGCUGCUGGGAGCCCUUGGGAAGGCAGCGCUGAGCACACAGCAGGCACCUCAGGAGCCCUCACUUCCAGCCAGCUGGCUGCCCUGUGCCGCCACUGCCCACCAUGCAGCCCCAGUCAGUCCUGCACAGCGGCUACUUCCACCCCCUGCUUCGGACCUGGCAGGCAGCCUCCACCACCCUCAAUGCCUCCAACCUCAUCUACCCCAUCUUCGUCACGGAUGUUCCUGAUGACGUACAGCCUAUCGCCAGCCUCCCAGGAGUGGCCAGGUAUGGUGUGAACCGGCUAGAAGAGAUGCUGAGGCCCCUGGUGGAAGAGGGCCUGCGUUGUGUCCUGGUGUUUGGCGUCCCCAGCAGAGUUCCCAAGGACGAGCGGGGCUCCGCAGCCGACUCCGAGGACUCCCCGACUAUUGAGGCGGUCCGUCUGCUGCGUAAGACCUUCCCCAGCCUCCUGGUGGCCUGCGACGUCUGCCUGUGCCCCUACACCUCACAUGGUCACUGCGGGCUUCUGAGCGAGAAUGGGGCACUUCAAGCCAAGGAGAGCCGCCAGCGACUGGCAGAGGUGGCACUAGCCUAUGCCAAGGCAGGAUGUCAGGUGGUAGCCCCGUCGGACAUGAUGGACGGACGUGUGGAAGCCAUCAAGGAUGCUCUGAUGGCACAUGAACUUGGCAACAGGGUCUCUGUGAUGAGCUAUAGUGCCAAGUUUGCCUCCUGUUUCUAUGGACCUUUCCGGGAUGCGGCUCAGUCAAGCCCAGCUUUUGGAGACCGCCGCUGCUACCAGCUGCCGCCUGGAGCACGAGGCCUGGCCCUCCGAGCGGUGGACAGGGAUGUGCGGGAAGGAGCUGACAUGGUCAUGGUGAAACCGGGAAUGCCUUACCUAGACAUUGUGCGGGAGGUGAAGAACAAGCACCCUGAGCUCCCUCUUGCCGUGUACCACGUUUCUGGAGAGUUUGCCAUGCUGUGGCACGGAGCCCAGGCUGGGGCGUUUGAUCUCAAGGCUGCCGUCCUGGAGGCCAUGACCGCUCUCCGCAGAGCAGACUGAGGCCCAGAAAGAGAAUAUGACUUCCCUGUGGUCACACAAUGUACAGAGAGCUAGAACUGACCAGAGCUGGGCUCAGUCUUAUGUUGGGAUGCCCCCGGGCUGUGCCUUCUUCCUUCCCUGGCCUUCGUCUCCCAGAAGGUGUGUCCAAAGCUGAUGCCCCGCCCCUCCCCCGCUGCCUGCUUCUC